CACUCUCUGGCUCCCUCUGCGGUUGUCUGUCGUCUUCUUAUCUGCUCUCUCGCUCCCUGCUUGAGCGGUGCUGUGUCUUUUGUCUCCCUCGCUCUUCUGCUUGUCGUGGAAUCUGACCAUCACCAACACCUUCGCCAGCCGGGGUAUCUUAUCGUCGCCUCAACACAUUCCCUCCUCCCGUCCCCGUCGCUGAAGGACUUGCGAUCUCUCCCAGUCACUGAAUUCCGGUUCCUCUCCAAUUGGUUUUGUUGUGUGAUCUAACCCUCCAUUAUUUACUACUCCGGCCGCCGCCUCCCGAACGAACGAUCACCCCCGAUUCCAUCCUCGUGCGUGAUCAAAAAAUUUUUAACUCUCCUUGAUACAAAAGGUUGCAAGAUAUUCAAGACAGCACCAAAGAGGUAUAUUAUACCUUGUCGAAGAGAGAAAGUGCCAUCAUAGAACCUCCUUGUGUGUUUCUUUGGAGCAGAAACCGCCUCUGGAUUGAAUCCUGUUCGAAUUGAGCUGGUGCUUUAUUCGUUUCUUGUUCAGGCCUUGACAUCUCUGCUGCCGGACUUUGAUCACCAACUGGCCCUCUUUGACGUAAUCUUCUGCUUUUCUACACGGGCUCAUUUUCAGCUGCUGAAUCAUUUCGUUAUUUUUUUUAACUUUUUUCUAUUGGCUUUUUCCCCUGAAAGCUUAACAAAAAUGGCCUCUGGACCAGCCACUCAGUCAUUGAAGUGUGUCGUUACUGGUGACGGUGCUGUUGGCAAGACAUGUCUCCUUAUUUCUUACACCACAAAUGCUUUCCCCGGAGAGUAUAUUCCUACUGUGUUCGACAACUACUCCGCCAGUGUAAUGGUUGAUGGCAAACCGAUUAGCCUUGGACUUUGGGAUACUGCUGGACAGGAAGACUAUGACAGAUUACGUCCUUUAUCGUAUCCACAGACCGACGUUUUUCUCAUAUGCUUCUCUAUCGUUAGCCCACCAUCUUUCGAUAACGUCAAGGCGAAGUGGCACCCAGAAAUCGAACAUCACGCGCCCAAUGUCCCAAUAAUCCUCGUUGGGACCAAACUUGAUCUACGUGAGGAUAAGGCUACCGCUGAGAGUCUUCGUGCAAAGAAGAUGGAACCAGUUUCUUAUGAACAAGCCCUCGCUGUUGCCAAGGAGAUUAAAGCACAGAAAUACCUCGAAUGCUCCGCCCUCACGCAGCGAAAUCUGAAGAGUGUCUUUGAUGAAGCCAUCCGUGCGGUGCUGAAUCCGCGUCCCAUCGCGAAACCUAAAAAAUCCAAGUGCAGAAUCCUCUGAAGCUCUCGUCCAGCGAAGCAUGGCAGAAUCCAUUGGACUGCCCGACUUGAAAAGAACGAUAGAAAUAGCACUAUGAUAUCUCCCUGAGCACAUUACUGUCCUUCAUACAUUUUAUUUGCUUCUCAACUGAAAGCAAAGUACCCAGCAACUCAGCGAACAUUUGCGAUUUUUUUUUCUGAACAGUUUGAAUUCGACUCGAUAAUGAAUAUGGUUACCCUCCUUUGUACGAAUCGGGGCAAACCACGACCGCUCGAAUGUUUUCAGUAGAGCGUUAAUGACCCGAUUCAAUAUGGACGACAAACCCUCAUUUCCCAAGUACCAAUUGGAUCUCCUGCCAUUUUCUUACUGUUAUUUCCAGCCUCUUAUUUUCGAUCAUUUGAACCCUGGAUUUUCCCCUGCGUUCGCUCCGUCCACUGCCGGUAAUUAAUUUAUUUGGCGUCAAGAUAUACUGUGUGGGCAACUUUCCCGAAAUAUUAUGAGAUCUAUGCGAACUCGCGUACCAUCAUGUGCUUUUUACUUUCCUUCAAAUCCCAAUUAUUUUUAAAACCCUUCCUUAUUCUCUUACCUAUCCACAUUUGGAAACAAACUACUUUCCCGCACUCCUUUUCCAGUAUCCCUCUAUCCCCUCCAUUUGAUUCGUCCCUAGUUGUUAAAAAUCGAAUCAAUACGACCUAACGAACUGCCCGCCACCCUCAGAUUUUCCUGCUUUCAUUGUUUAUUUACCACUUUUUUUUAUUUUC